GGGGGGAGGCCGUUACGUUCGAAUCGCCCCCUCCCCCACCACCAACGGCUGCGCGCUGCCGUUAGCCCUCUCGUGCCCCCUGGGCCCCUGUGGGGGCAUCACCCCGCAGCGAGCGCGAAGGGGUCCGGCUCCUCCGCAGCCUUCCCGGGGAGCCCUUCUGGCGGCAGAGGUGCUGCCCGGGCUGCGGGAGGAGUGCCGGUAACAGGUGGGGGGCGGUUGGGGAGGCUUGUGGAGCGAGCAGAGGGGGAAGCGGCUGUCCUCUCCAGAAGAAAAAGUGGCAGCUGAGAGACGUGGCGGGAACCCGGCUGGCCCUUCAGCCCCACGCAGCUCCCCGGCCUGAGCUCGAGGGAGGGAAGGAAAUAUAUUCAAAGCAGUCUUUCUGGUGGCAAGUGUGACUUAGUGUAUGUCUAUUCCUAUUUAUGAAAUUAUAUUGUUCCUUUUGAAAGAGGAGUGAUUUGGUGGUGAUGGAGUGCUGCCACUGACAGAUGGACUCACAGGAAAGAAGUUCAGAAGAGGCAGAAGGAGCCAAAGAGAGAGGCCUGGUCUAUGUUUGGAAGGCUGGUUCCUGCCCUGUAACUCCAGAAAGACUUCCAGGCCUCAAUGGAAAGACUGUUUUGCAGGCAGCCCUUGGAAUAAAUCAUGGCUUACUUCUAACAGAAGGUGGAGAGGUCUACAGUUUUGGAAAGCUUCCCUGGAGAGCAGGACCAGAGGAGUCGUGUGCUAAUAGUCCUAUCUUAGAAAAAACUUUGCUUGGGCAGCAUGUUAUUACAGUGGCAGCUGGCAGCUUCCAUAAUGGAGCCGUGACAGAAGGUGGUGUGGUCUACAUGUGGGGAAACAAUUCUGCUGGCCAAUGUGCAGUUGCUAAUCAACUGUAUGUGCCAGAACCACAACCCAUCAGUAUUUCUGAUUCUGAAACCAGUCCUCUGCUAUCAGUCAGGAUUUUGCAGCUAGCAUGUGGAGAGGAGCACACCCUGGCACUAUCACUAAGCAGGGAAAUAUGGGCCUGGGGGAGUGGCUGCCAGCUGGGUCUCAUAACAACAACUUUCCCAGUGAUAAAGCCACAGAAGGUAGAGCACCUGGCAGGACGUGUUGUGCUCCAGGUUGCUUGUGGAGCUUACCACAGCCUGGCUCUGGUACAGUGUCUCCCUGUGCAGGAAAUGAAGCCUAUCCCAGAGAGGUGCAAUCAUUGCAGCCAGCUCCUCAUUACCAUGACAGACAAGGAAGAUCACGUAAUCAUAUCAGAUAGUCAUUGUUGCCCACUGGGUGUAGCACUGGCUGAUACCCAAACAGAAAAUCUUCUCUCCUGUCCUUCACUGGAGACCCUAGAAAGAAAAAGUGUAACAGGUAGCCAAAGUGAAGACUGUCAGAAAUCCAUUGUGGAAGAACAUACACUUGUUGCUUUAGAACCUGAUGGAGCAAGCAUGCUUUCCAACAACGAUGGGCAGGAGGACAGUGGAAUCUCUAGUCCUGGGAAAAUUCUGUUCCCCGACAAAAAAGAAGUGAAAGAGUACAGUUUAUCAGAUAACUUAUUAAAUGAGAGCCUGGAGAAAAGUGUCAGUACAGGACCUGAGCAGCCUUCUCAAGAGCAACAACUUGGUGCUUUUGUGUCGGGCCCUCCAAGUACCAGCACAUCUGCCUUGAACAGCUUGGUGGCCUCUUGUGCAUCAGCAGUUGGUGUGAGAGUAGCUGCUACAUAUGAAGCUGGAGCAUUGUCUCUGAAGAAAGUAAUGAACUUCUAUGGCACAUCUUCAAGUGAAAUGGGAUCUCAAUCUGGCAGCAGUUCCCCAGGGCCUGAAGGUCUGAAAGACAGUCGAGAAGAGCAGGUCAGACUGGAAUCCAUGCAAGGAAAGAAGAGUUCCAGUUUAGUAGACAUUAGAGAGGAAGAAUCUGAAGGAGUGAGCCGAAGACUUUCCCUGCCUGGCUUGUUGUCACAAGUUUCUCCUAGACUCUUACGGAAGGUAGGGCGGGCAAAAAUGAGGACUGUAGCUCUGACUCCAACCUACAGUGGUGAGGCUGAUGCUCUUUUACCAUCUCUAAGAACGGAGGUAUGGAGCUGGGGAAAGGGGAAGGAAGGACAACUGGGACAUGGUGAUGUUCUGCCAAGGCUUCAGCCACUGUGUGUGAAAAGCCUAGAUGGCAAGGAAGUGAUUCAGCUGUCUGCUGGUGGCCAUCAUUCCUUAGCACUCACUGCCAAAUCCCAGGUGUAUUCAUGGGGCAGCAAUACCUCUGGCCAGCUUGGUCACUUAAAUUCCCCAACAACAGUCCCUCGUCUUGCAAAGGUAUUUGGUGAUGGUGUUUGGAGUACAGCAGCAGGACCAGAUUAUUCCCUGUUCUUGACAGAUGAGGAAGAUUUCCAACCUGGAUUAUAUUACAGUGGCCAGGAGACAACAAAAGAAAAUAACUUAUAUGAAAAUAACUGUACAAAGAGUCCAGUUCUGUUACUAUCUUGUAGUAAGAUAGGGUACAUAAGCAAUGUGAUAGCUGGUGGGGAAAACUGUUUGGUCUUGGUAGACAAAAACAUAAUGGGAUAUAUUGCCAGUUUGCAUGAGUUGGCCUCUACUGAAAGAAGAUUUUAUUUUAAACUGAGUGAGAUCAAAUCUCAGGUUCUUAGACCUCUUCUAGGUUUAGAUAACUUGGGCAAUGCAAAUACAAUCCAAUUGUUGCAGGAAAUGGCAAGCAGGUUCAGCAAGUUAUGCUAUCUCAUUGGUCAACAUGGAGCUGCUUUAAGUAGCUUUCUUCAUGGAGUAAAAGAAGCGAGGAGCUUGGCCAUCCUGAAGCAUUCCAGUCUCUUCCUGGAUAGUUACACCGAGUAUUGCACUUCAGUAACAAACUUCCUGGUAAUGGGAGGAUUUAUGCUCCUUGCAAAGCCAGCAAUAGACUUCUUAAGUAAAAACCAGGAGCUGUUACAGAAACUGUCUGAGGUGAAUGAGGAAAACACCCAACUAGUGGAAGUUCUAAAUGCUCUGUUUUUCAUGCCAUUUGGACGACUUCAUAAUUAUGCUAGGACUUUGCUAAAGCUUGCUACAUGUUUUGAAGUGGCAUCUCCAGAAUACCAAAAAUUACAGGAUUCUAGUUCUUGUUAUGAGAGCCUCGCUGUCCACCUUAGCAGAAAAAGGAAAGAAGCAGAAUACACACUGGGCUUCUGGAAGACCUUUCCUGGGAAAAUGACGGAUUCCUUGAGGAAGCCAGAGCGUCGUUUAAUCUGUGAAAGUAGCAAUCGGGGGUUGUCCCUACAGCAUGCUGGGAGAUUCUCCGUUAACUGGUUCAUCCUCUUUAAUGAUGCUCUGGUGCAUGCUCAGUUCUCAACGCACCAUAUUUUUCCCUUGUCCACACUGUGGGUAGAGGCUGUUUCAGAAGAAGCUGGUAAUGUGAAUGGUUUGAAGAUUACAACUCCAGAAGAACAGUUUAUUCUUCUUUCUUCAACACCACAGGAAAAGACCAAGUGGUUGAGGGCAAUAAGCCAAGCAGUGGAUCAGGCCCUUAGAGGGACUUCAGAAUUAAUCUUACAUGGAGCCGGUGGGAACAUUCCACGACAGGAACCUCCUAUUUCUCGUAGUGCCAAAUACACCUUCUAUAAAGAUCCUCGACUUAAGGAUGCCAUGUAUAAUGGGAGAUGGCUUUCGGGGAAACCCCAUGGCAGAGGAAUCCUUAAAUGGGCAGAUGGCAGAAUGUACUCUGGGACUUUCCGAACUGGGCUAGAGGACGGGUAUGGUGAAUACAGAGUGCCAAACAAAGCGUUGAACAAGGAUGACCAUUAUGUGGGUUACUGGAAGGAAGGCAAAAUGUGUGGGCAUGGAGUCUACAGCUAUGCUACUGGUGAGGUGUAUGAAGGGUGUUUUCAGGAUAACAUGCGUCAUGGGCAUGGUCUGCUGCGCAGUGGGAAGCUAACCUCUUCCUCUCCCACUAUGUUCAUUGGACAGUGGACAAUGGAUAAGAAGAAUGGUUAUGGAGUUUUUGAUGAUAUCACAAGAGGAGAAAAGUAUAUGGGAAUGUGGCAAGAUGAUCUCUGCCAAGGAAACGGUGUUGUGGUUACUCAGUUUGGACUGUAUUAUGAAGGGGCCUUCAGCACCAACAAAAUGAUGGGGACUGGAAUUCUGCUUUCUGAGGAUGAUACAGUCUAUGAAGGGGAAUUUGCAGAUAACUGGACUCUGAGUGGAAAGGGAACGCUGACUUUGCCAAAUGGAGAUUAUAUUGAAGGUCUCUUCAGUGGAGAAUGGGGAUCUGGAAUAAAAAUCACUGGAACCUACUUCAAACCUAGCUUAUAUGAGAGUGAAAAGGACAAACCUAAAGCCUUGCGGAAACUUGGGAUCUUGUCAGUGCCUCCUGAUGAGAAGUGGAAGGCUGUAUUUGAAGAAUGUUGGAACCAGCUGGGUUGUGAGAGCCCAGGCCAGGGGGAUAGAUGGAAAGCUUGGGACAACAUUGCAGUGGCCCUGACCACCAACCGACGGCAACACAAAGACAGCCCGGAAUUACUGAGUCGUUCACAUACUCAGACACUGGAAAGUUUGGAGUUCAUUCCACAACACAUUGGUGCCUUCACCCUGGAAAAAUAUGAAAAUAUAAAAAAAUAUUUGAUAAAGGCUUGUGAUACCCCUCUCCAUCCUUUGGGGAAGCUGGUGGAGACACUAGUAGCUGUCUACAGAAUGACCUAUGUUGGAGUAGGAGCUAAUCGACGGUUACUGCAGGAGGCUGUAAGAGAGAUAAAGUCCUACCUCAAACGCAUCUUCCAACUGGUUAGGUUCUUGUUCCCUGAUCUUCCAGAAGAGGGCAGCACAAUUCCAUUUCUGGUGACAGAGACAAAGGGAAGGCGAUCAUUCUGCAGUGGGAAAUCUGAUUCCAGAUCAGAAUCUCCUGAACCGGGCUACGUUGUAACCAGUUUUGGCUUACUGCUCCCUGUAUUAUUGCCACGACUCUACCCUCCUCUGUUUAUGUUGUAUGCCUUAGACAAUGAGCGUGAAGAAGAUAUUUACUGGGAAUGUGUUUUACGCCUAAAUAAACAAACUGAUACAGCUCUUCUAAGUUUUCUCGGGGUGCAGGCGAAAUUUUGGCCAGGAACUGUAUCCAUCCUUGGAGAGAUUAGAAAGGUAUCACCAAAUACAAAAGAUGCCUGCUUUGCCUCUGCAGUUGAAUGUUUACAGCAAAUCAGUACCACCUUUACCCCAGCUGACAAAUUGAAGGUGAUCCAACAAACUUUUGAAGAGAUCUCUCAGAAUGUACUUGAGACUCUUCAGGAAGAUUUUCUGUGGUCUAUGGAUGACUUAUUUCCUGUUUUUCUCUAUGUGGUGCUACGAGCCAGGAUAAGGAAUUUGGGAUCUGAAGUACACUUAAUUGAAGACCUGAUGGAUCCUUAUCUUCAGCAUGGGGAACAAGGCAUCAUGUUCACUACCUUGAAGGCAUGUUACUACCAGAUUCAACAUGAAAAGCUUACUUAAACUAUCAUUUACAACCUGGCGCUGUGGGAUAAUCUACUGAGUGGAACUUCAUUAAUACUCGCUCUCCUCCCUGGAGUGGCGCCAAAAACAUGAAAAUACUCUGAAGUUACAGAUGUUCUUUACAGAUGAACAUACUCUGGUUUUACUUCUGAACUUUCAAUUUAAGAUCGGAAAAUUGCAGCUGGAGGCUAGCUAUGAAGAGGUGAUGAAGACAGCGAUAAUGGAAUUUGGUUUGCCAAGCACUUUCCAAGAAGAAAUUAUUUCCUACUUUAACAGAAAAAUUAUUUAUUCCUUUUAAAUUAACAGUACUUCAAAAAGGCAUGGCAUCUACAUAGAGUACAUGUGAAAGUCUGGGCCAUGUAGCUUCCAAAAUAGUAGGUUUGUUUUUAUUAUUCCUGGUUUGUCAACAGGGAUGUUUAAAGAGAAUGAAUUGCACCACAGAACCAUUCAGUCUUCCUUAAUUCAGCUGUUACUAUAUAUGUUUGUUAAAAAUGUUAGUAUUUAUAAUGGGUAGCCUAUAGUGUGUUUUGGUGUAAAGGUUUUGAGGCAUCUUCUGUUGAACAGAACUGCUGAAAGCAGUGUUAUAAUGUGCUAUUGUGGAAAUAAUCACACUGUUACAGACUUCCCUAUUUACUAGAAUUAUAAAUAUGUAGGCACUCACUACUCUUUAUGAAAAAAACAAAAGGGGCUGACUGGUUCCUAUUUUGACACUGAAUUAAAUACUUGAAAUCUGUAAAGUGUUCAGCUUUGUUACCUUGAGAUCCAAGGAUAAACACUUUCUUCAGAAAAGAAUAAAGUCCCAUGUGAUAGGAAAAUGGGAACAUACUUUUUAACAAACUGACAAUGGAUAAAGUUUGAGACUUUUGCCUGUAACUUGCUAGUUACUUAUAUGUCAGAAAGAAAGAAACACCCAUAUCAUUGCAUUUUUGAAGACAGAGAGAACAAGUAAUUUCAGUGGGGGAGUUUUGUGUAUGUGUGUGUUUCUGUGGUUUAUGGUUAAGUUUAUUUAUACCAAUAACACUGAUGGAUAACUUGGGUAUUGUAGAUGCUGUUAUUUAUCAUGGCUAACACAAAAAAGGCAGGGGGGAAUUGAUUAUGGAAUGUUGUUAUGGCUUAAGUUAUCUCAAAUUACCAUAGAUAAUGCUAAUCAUAUUUUGAAAAAAUAAUCAUGGCCUGUAUAUUGGCACUUAAAUGGUUUGAAAAAGCAUAUGUCAAAAUACUGUUGGGAACAGUGACUGUAAUGUAGCAAUUUUCAUAAUAAAGUAAAAAAAUUGUUCUUUCUGA